AGGAGGUGGAACCUUCUGCAACCCAACAGGAGGCCCCAACUGAGCUGCCAGGUCCACCCAUGGAGGCUGAACUUUCCCCCAGUGAGCAGGAGCAGCCAGCUCAGCCUUCUGAGUCUUCUGGGGAGGUUGAAUCUUCUCCAGCCCAGCAGGAUGCCCCAGCUCAGCCUCCAGAACAUUAUGAAGUCCCAGUUUCACCUCCAGGUCACCGUCAGACUCAGCAUUCAGAUUUUCCCAAUGUCUCUGUUAAGCCUCCAGACAUGCAGCUCACCAUAGCAACAGAGCCUAGUGCAAAGGUGGAAACUUCUCCAGUCCACCAGGAGGCUACAGCUCAGCUCUCAGGUCCAGGUAAUGUAGAACCUCCCACCAUCCAGCACGGGGGCCCACCUCUGCCUCCAGAGUCAUCAGAAGAGUUGGACGUUUAGCAAUUCAAUCGGAGACUUCAGUUCAAUCUCUGGAACCUAUUAAUAAUGCGAACCUCUCUCCAACCCAGCAGGAGGCUGCAGCUGAGCAUCCACAGACUGCUGAGGAGGGUGAGUCUUCUCUAACCCAGCAGGAGGACCCAGCUCAGCCCUUAAUGUCCCCUGAGCAGUUUUGACAUUUGAAAGACCAGCAAGACAUUAUAAUUCAGCAGCUAAGUAGACCUGAAAAGUAUGAACUUCCUCCAGUCCAUAAAGAGACCACAACUCAGCCUCCAACUCAGCUCUCCUCAGACUUUGGAAGUUCACUGAAUGAUGAAGCAAUCGGUUCACCUCUAGAUGUGUCAUAUCUACAUCUAGAUAGGGAGCUUACCAAACCUACAGCUGUCACUAUGGGGGAAGAACCUUCUCCAGUCCAGCAGGACAACCCUCCUAUUCCCACUGAACAGGCUGACUUUUCUCUAGCCCAGCCUGAUCUCCCUUCUCCGCCUCUGCAUUCUCCUGAAAAGAUUGAAUCUCCCAUCCACCAAGAGGCCACAGCUCAGACUCUAGAUCCCCCUAAGGAGGCAGAACCUUCUCCAGUCCACCAAGGGUUCCCAGCUGAGCCACCAGAGCCCCCUAAGGAGGUUGAACCAUCUGCAACCAAGCAGGAAGCCUCGGGUCAUCCUUGGAAGUCCACUGAAGAGGUCAGUCCUCCACCACAGUGGGAGAUACCAGCUCAGCCAUCAGAGCCACCUGAGAAAGUCGAACCAUCUCCAGUCCUACAGCAGGCCCCAACUCGGCUUUUAAAACCACCUAAAGAGGUAGAAUCCUCUCCAGUCCAGCAGGCAGUCCCUGCUCAGUCUUCAGACCCCGCUAUGGUGAUAGAACCCUCUCUGACCCAGCAGAUGGCCCCAUCUUUGCCUCCAGAGUUCCCUCAGGAGGUAGAACCAUGUGUAACUCAGCAGGAGGUUCCAGCUCAGAUUCCAGAGUCCCCUAUGGAGGCGGAACCUUUCUCUGACCAAGCAGGAGGCCACAGUCCAGGCUCCAGAGUCCCCUAAGGAGGUAGAACCUUCAAGGCAGC